AUGUUUGAUGUUAAAUCCAUUAUUCGUCCAAAUAUUUUAACUUUGGAACCAUAUAGAUGUGCAAGAGAUGACUUCAAAACUGGUAUUUUGUUAGAUGCAAAUGAAAAUACUCAUGGUCCCGCAAUCGCUUCCCCAAACGAAUCCGAAUUGAAAUUGGAAUUAAAUAGAUAUCCUGACCCACAUCAACACGAAUUGAAACAACAGAUAAUUGACUUCAGAGAAAAACAUCCUAACAAAUAUGCUACGAAGAAGUUAGAUGUGGAAAAUUUGUGCCUUGGAGUUGGGUCUGAUGAGAGUAUUGAUAUGUUGUUGCGUUGUGUCUGUACUCCAGGGAAAGACAAAAUGUUGAUUUGUCCUCCAACUUACGGGAUGUACUCAAUCUGUGCUACUGUAAAUGAUGUUGCUAUAGAAAAAUUACCAUUAACAAUCCCAGAUUUCCAAAUUGAUAUUGAAGGAAUUCUUGCAAGAGUCAAAUCAGAUAAAAACAUCAAACUUUUGUAUUUGACUUCUCCUGGUAAUCCAACUGGUAAAUUAAUCAAUGUUGAUAGCAUUAUAAAGUUAUUAGAUGAACUGUUGAAGACUUGGCAAGGAUUGAUUGUUGUCGACGAAGCCUAUAUCGACUUUACCGAUGCAGGAUCUUCCAUGUGUACCUUAGUUAACCAAUAUCCAAACUUGGUUGUUUUGCAAACCUUGUCAAAAUCAUUUGGUUUAGCAGGUAUCAGGUUAGGUAUCACUUAUUCAAGUAAAGAGUUGAGUAAGUACCUUAAUGCAAUGAAGUAUCCUUACAAUAUAUCAUCAUUGACUUCCAACAUUGCAUUGAAAGCCACUAGCCAAGGGUUAAGUGUAAUGGAAAAUUACGUUUUUAAAAUAAUCAAACAAAGAGGUUGGGUAUUAGAAAAGUUAUUAUCAUUGAAAUACGUUGGUAGAAAUAUAGGUGGAUUGGAUUCAAACUUUAUUUUGAUUGAAAUAUUGGAUAAAUCUGGAAAACCAUCAAAUGAGGUUGCAAAGAAAUUGUACAACACCUUAGCCACAGAUAAUUCGGUUGUUGUAAGAUUUAGAGGUACUGAGUUGAAUUGUACAGGUGGAUUGAGAAUAUCAAUUGGUACUGAAGAAGAGAAUAAACAGUUGGUUACCAAAUUUGAAGCUGUCUUGAAUGAAAUUAAUAAGUAA